GAUGCUCAGGCCACAGUUCCCGGCGCGCAGUCGCAGCUGCCCCUCGCUCCCGCCCCCGCCUGGAGUCCGACGUGGAAGUUGCUGGCUGACUGGGCUUGCGAGGAAACCGCCUCGGAGCUGCCGCCGAAGGCCAAGGAGUCACUGAAGAUCGGCGAGGGAGGACAGGCGGUUCAUCAUGGGUGGCUUUUUCUCAAGUAUAUUUUCCAGUCUGUUUGGAACUCGGGAAAUGAGGAUUUUAAUUUUGGGAUUAGAUGGAGCGGGAAAAACCACAAUUUUGUACAGAUUACAAGUUGGAGAAGUUGUUACUACUAUACCUACCAUUGGAUUUAAUGUAGAGACGGUGACAUACAAAAACCUUAAAUUCCAAGUCUGGGAUUUAGGAGGACAGACAAGUAUCAGGCCAUACUGGAGAUGUUACUAUUCAAACACAGAUGCAGUCAUUUAUGUAGUAGACAGUUGUGACCGAGACCGAAUUGGCAUUUCCAAAUCGGAGUUAGUUGCCAUGUUGGAGGAAGAAGAGCUGAGAAAAGCCAUUUUAGUGGUGUUUGCAAAUAAACAGGACAUGGAACAGGCCAUGUCUUCCUCAGAGAUGGCAAAUUCACUUGGGUUACCUGCCUUGAAGGACCGAAAAUGGCAAAUAUUCAAAACAUCAGCAACCAAAGGCACUGGCCUUGAUGAGGCAAUGGAAUGGUUAGUUGAAACAUUAAAAAGCAGACAGUAAUUCAGUCCAUUCUUCUCCCCUGAAACGAAGACUACAUCACCUCUCUCCCUUUGGAAACAGUCAAGUAUACUUCACACUACUAGAUGUUAAAACUGUAUGAUUGUUGGCAUAUACUUACUGACUGCAAUGUUUGUGGUAAAUAGGGAAAAGAAAUAUUUGGUUGGAGGGAUAAUUCGAUCGAAUCACCUGAAUGUUCUAUGUAAUGUAAAAUAUUCUUUUCUUGCUUUCUUGUGUUAAGGUAUAUAUUCUAUUUGUAUGGAAUUCUUAUUCAAAUACAGUUCUAUUAAAGAAUGUACUCCUAUUGGAUGAAAAAACCUAUUUUUGAAUAGUAGUUGCAGCUUGUUUGUAUAAAUACUAAAAAAUAUCUUAACAGAUUUUUUUUCCCCUUAAAAUGAAUUAUCUUUCCAAAGAUUAGACUCAGUAGAGUAGGUGAGGAACAUAGUGUGUAUAAUAUAAUCUUUAUUUGCUUAUCUGACCACUUUUUAUUAAGCUAUUUUGUUUAAAAGCUUUUGGUUAUAGGUAUGAAUAUUAUUUUGAUGGUUAACUUCAUUGACUUAUCUGUAAUUGUCAUUUUAUAGUACUUUACAGUUGUCAAAAGAAACAUCUUAUGUUGACCUAGCUGGUCUGUACAGGAAGCUUGUGAAGUAGGUAGGACAGGUUAUGAUGUCUUCACUGUAUGGACAUGGACCCAGGUUGGCUUGCCCAGGGUCACGUAGCUAGUAAGGUGGGAAUAAGGCUCAAAGUAAAAUUUUUGGUUCAGAAGCCUGACUUAUAAACUAUACUAUAUAUUCCCAAAAAUGUCAGUAUUGACAACACAGUCUAAUUCUUUAAUAAAAUUAUGCUGAUUAAAGCAGUUACAUUCAAAAUAAUGUCUAUAAACUUAUUUGUCUAUACUAGUAGAAGUGAUUAGUGACAUACUAUAAAUAAUCCUAAAUGGUUAUAUUUGAUGGAAUUCAUAACACAUUAAAGAGAAAAUUUCACAUUAAAGGAAAGGAAGGUUUAAAAAUCUAUUUUCAGGUUAUAAAAGGUGUCUUUACUGGUUUUCAUUCCUUUUAUCUACCAUGUCCAAUAUUUGGUCUUUUUUGAAUGUAAACUUGUUACAUUCAAACAUGUAAACUUGUUAAAAAUCAAAAUCUUACUGAUUAUACAGGGGGAAAUUAAGCAUUCUGGUUUAAAAAUUAGGCUUAUUGCUAGAUUGUAAGUUUAAAAACAAUUCAUGUUCGAAGGAGCUUUUCAAAUUACCCAGUCCACCUCAGAAUCAACUAAUGUGACAGAAGUAAAUAUAGUGCUUCAUAAUUGCUAAAAACGGGUGAGUUUCUUUCACUUAAGUUGGAAAACCAGCGUUUAAGAAAUUAGGUGCUGGUAUUGAGAGCUUAAUGCCAUGGUUCCCCGCAGGUCUCAGGAACAUUAGUAGUUCCUUUCUUGGCCUUCACUGUGCUUCCAGUGUUGGCCUCUGACCUCUUCCCCUCACAUUUAUGUUCAUUCUCCAGGCUUAUAUUCAUUCUCUGCAGCUUUCUUCCUUCACCUGCGGGACUCUCACCCUUCUUGCUCAUUCUCCAGCACCCAUUCCUACUUUAGUCUCUGAAAUCUUUUUUGGAGAUUUUUCUUCAGCUACAAGUGUUCCAGUACAACCAGUAUUACUCCUGAGAGGCAGAGACUUUUCAUAUUUAUGUCCCUAGUAUCUGGUGUGGUGCCUGGCAUAUGGCAUUUCAGAAUUAUGUUCAUAGUUGAAAUAGUAGGAUAGGUAUUUGUCAUCUUGACAAGUAGCCCCUUUGCAAUUUAUAGUUGAGUUUAUUUCUGGUCAGUGGCACAUGGCUGGAAAAUGCAGAAAACAAGUUCACUUACAGCCUGAGGCUUGUAAAGCUUGUACAGCUGCCUCCUGGCAGUUCAGGAGAACUGCAGAAAAUGGGAAGGAAGGUCCUGGCAGGCAGACCUGGCAUGUAGCCGCUGGCCAUCUUGAAUCCCAGGGCAUGAACUUGCCCCAGAGGUCAGCACUUGGUUAAGCCUGAUCCCUCUGGUUUAUCACAAAGAAUAGGGUGGGAUAAAGAGAGUGGACACUUAAACAAGCUGUAAAUUAUAUGGUCCUUGUCUAGCAGGAGACAACUGCACAGGUAUGCUACCAGUGUUUGGAUAUUGAUAUUUACAUGGCAAAUCUGAAUAUUGUUUUAUGAGAGGCCUGGCAAUAGGAAAAGCACCAAACUUGAAAUUAGAACAUAGGUGCAAAUGGCCACUCCUGCAGUUUCUUUUCUGUAAAAUGGGACCUGGAAAAAUGAUACCAAAUGUUUCUUUCUGACAUGCUAUUUUAUAACUCUGGCCUAUGGUUGUGUUGUAACUUGCUACAAAAAAAAAAAAAAAAGAGAGUGGUAGAAUUAAUUCUGUUAUCUGAAAUACCUGAAAUGCAUUUUAAACUGUUGAAAUGUAAGCUCUGAGGGCAGGGACCGUAUCUUAUUUACUGUUAGUAUCCCUUGCAUCUAGUGUGGUGCACCUGGUACACAGUAGGCACUCAAUAAAUAUUUAUUGAUUAAAAA